AUGGUGCUGCAACUUCAUGUGUGGGGGCCAGCCUUUGCUCUGCCUUCAAUCGAUGCCCAAUGCCUUGCGACCAUUGCAUAUUGCUCUUUGGUGCUUCCCAAGGGCUCAUGGGAACUCAUCCCCAGCAGCGAUCUCUCCGUGUCCCCUACCGGUGAGCUACCUGCCCUCCAAAAUGGAACAGUCUGGGUGAGCCGGUUCCGCAAUAUCGUCGACUAUCUCCGCCAAUACUCGGAGGGAGCAUGGGAUCUGGAUCGGGAGCUCGAUGCGCCGGAGCGCGCUGACAAUCUCGCCUUUGCCUCCUUCGUCGAGUCCCGCGGACAGCCCCUCAUCGACUUGUCGCUGUACGUCACCAGCCAGAACUACUAUGGCAACACCUCGCCCGCUUACGGCGCCUUCCUCCAAUGGCCGAACCAAUGGAUUCUCCCGCCGAAGCUGCACAGCGCCGCCAAGGCCCGCACCGAACACCUGGGCGUCUCGUCGCUGGACCUGCAAGCCAUGGAGGAGCAGCGGCAGCGCGAGCACUCGGCCGCUGUGGCUGCGGGUCAGAUCCCCAAGAACUUCAUUCAACGGCCCCGUGACACCGUGUCUAGUCUGCUCGGGCGCACCGCGCAGCAGAACCAGUUCCGGCUCGAGGCCUUGACUAGCGAGUUCUUCGAGCCCCUCGAGGCGAUGCUAGGCCGCAAGCAAUACCUGCUGGGCGCGGACGAAGACAGCCAGCCCCGCAGUCUGGACUCUCUCCUUCCCGUGGCUGCGGGAUGCGAUGCACUCAAGGCUCCGCGGCUAGUGACAUACACGGAGCGCGUUCGGCGGCAGUGUUUCGGUGAGCCCGCCCCAUCUGAAGCCGGCCAUACCUUCCCGGCACUGCCGUGGCGCAGUGCCGAGCGCAUCUCUGUCGCCGCGGUCGGGACCACGCUCCUCGGCACGCUGGCCGACUCCACCCCGUUCCUGCGCGAGGUACGUCGCAACAACCGCCUCAAACAGGUAGCCGAGUCACCCGACUCGGGGCUGUCGGGCACGGAAAAGAAAGCUGUUUCUAUGUACGCCGACGCUAGCAAAAGGGACAUGUACGUGUCCAUUGCGACGGUCGUGGCCGGGGCCGCGGCGCUCGUGGGCUACAUGGUACAUGUGGGAUUGCUCAGCGUGCAGACAGGCGCGGGCGUCGAGGAAGAAGAAGAAGACAACGGGGCCGUCGAGAGCUUCGAUUCUGCCUUUGACCCGGGUUCCGUGGGAGACUUCCUGGGCAACACGAGAGGAUUAGUAUGA